GUGCGGUCCACCGUGCAGGUGGUACCUCCGUCUGAAGAUACACCAUGCAGUUGGAUGCAAUGUCUGAUGAUGUACGCCGUUCAGCUAGGAAGAGACGACCACCUAAACACCUGAUUGAUGAAAACUUUGUCGGCAGUGUGGGGCCCCAACCUACCAAGAGAAAGAUGGCAUCACUUUCAGAGGAUAAAAAUGCCAUGCAAUUGGAUGCAACAUCUGAUAAUGCACAAUGUUUGGCUAAGAAGACACAGUUAAGUGAACGCCUGAGUGACAAGUGCCCUGUCAGCAGUGUGGAGCCCCAAACUACCAAGAGAAAGAUGACACCACCGUCCAAGGGUGAAAACACCACACAAUUGGAUGUAAUGUCCGAUAUCGUACAACAUUUACCGACGGAGAGGCAGCCAAGUAUGCACCUGAGUGACGAAUGCUCUGGCAGCAUUGGGGAGCCCCAACCUACCAAGAGGAAGAUGGAGCAGGUGUUCAAUCUCAUGGAGAAACAUGGACUGGAGCAGUUCUACAGACCAUUCAAAGGUCUUGGUGUUAAGGAUGAAGGGGACUUCAACAUCAAAAUCAGUGAGGAGAAUUUGAGAGAUAUAGGUUUAAGUCAGGUGGACAGGAAGCGACUUGAAAGCCUGAAGACAGAGAUACAGAGACUUGGAAUAGUUGGUGCCCCUACCAUCACAAGAUCAUUGACGUCAUUUUCUCUCAAGUAUUCAUUCCCAAAAUGUCCAGAAGCUAGAGAGUUACUUGGCAUGGAUCCAAAGAACACUGUUGAGGAUGUCAUGCUCAGAAUCCGGCAUGAGGAAAAUUUGUCCAGAAAUAUGUCUGUAUGCCUGUUCACUGCUGAUGGCAUGCCACUUAGUGAGGAUCCCUAUUUCAAUACAUGGUCGCUUGAACACAGGCAUAUUGAAAAUGGCAGUGAACUCUACGCUAUUUUCACACCAAAGGAGAACCUCAGACAACCACCCAAAUUGCCAAACCUACCAGCAGUGUAUGACACAUACAACAAUGUUGUCCGUUGCCACAUAAUGAUGAAGGGUAAGUUUGACAUCCGUGUGGACUUGGAGUCUGAUACGGUCUUAGAUGUGAAAACAAGACUUGCUGCAGAGAGUGGAAUACCAUCCCAUGUGCUACAAUUAAGAGACAUGUUUUGGGAUAUUUCCCAAACACUGAAGGACCUUGACAUUACAGAAGAAUCAGAGUUGGAAUUCUACUUGUCAUCUUUUGGUGAGGAGUAUCCAAGCUACAAUGAAUUCUUCACAAAUGAUGUCACACCCUCAGUGCCACAAACCCUGAAGGGCAUGAGUGUCUUUUAUGCAACUUUAAAAGCCAUGGCAUGGACAAAGACAGAACAGCCGAAAAAUGUUGUGCGCUACAUCCGCAAACUCACAGGAUGUCAUCCUUUGGCUCAAAGUUUGUACCAGCUGAUCUGUGAAAAAGAAGUUGGCACCAGACUUCAGAAGAUAGCCGUAGUUGAAGGACUUUACUUUUUGUUUAGAGAGCUGCUAUCACAGUUGUCAAAGGAACAGAUCAUUGAGGACAAUGAAGUCUUUGAGGAAUCUGCUGUUUGCUGGGCUUUCCUUUCCACCGAAGGCAAGGAUGAGGACUCGCAGCAUGAAGAUUUUGAAUGGGUUUCUCUGCAUUGUGGAGAGGCAAGAGACCGUUUUAUGGAGCCAGUUCGCAUUGGAGAAAAUCCUAGGGUGUUCGAGAAAUCAUAUAUCCUACAGAGGUUCAGAGAUGACGAUGCGCUUCCCAACUGCACCUUGCAGAGUAUGGCAGAAACUGCUCACAAGAGAGCUACUGACAUUGAGAAGAUUUUGUUCAGUACUCCACUUUGGAUGAGAGGAAUUCAGAAAUGGACCGCCAAGGGUUGUGUGUCUUGUUCCAGCUUCAGCGUAAAGACAGAAAAAACACUUGCAAAAGUGAAAGAAGAAAUGACUUCAUACCCUCACUUGCAAGUAUCUCCACCUUUAACACUGAAGGAGGUUGGAGUCCAAGGGCCACUGCUGGUGUAUCUUGACAAUGACAACUUGGGUGUAUACGAAUCAAAAGACAAAUGUUCUCCCCAGAAAGUGUACAUCUUCAAUUGUCUCAGUGGAAAGGUUGAGAAUGUGGACUUGAAUGAACUUUCAAAUAAAUUAGGAGAUGUCAGGACUGACAAAGCCCUUAGGACAAGUCGGACCCCACAUGAGGCAAUAAUGGUCGUUAUGGAUGCAAGUGGCUCCAUGUCUGAAAAGUGCUGUUAUUCAGACAUCAGCAUGGACAAGAUGACAGCUGUCAAACAAUUGUUCAAUUCGUUUGCGGACAGAAGUAUGGCUUACAAUUUCCACAGUGUAAUUUCCCUGUUGAGAAUUGGUGGAAAUCCGAAAUACGAGGAAUCGGUGCAAGUUAUCCAUACAUUCACUGAAAACCUGCCAACUUUUCAGCAAUGCGUUGACAAACUACACGCUGCUGGGUUCACACCCCUUUAUGAUGCCUUACAACUAAGCGUGGAGGAACUGGACAAAGUGAAAAAGCAGUUCCCAAACUGCAGACUACGGGUCUUGUGUCUCUCCGAUGGGGAUGACAAUGGAUCAAGCAAGGCUCCUGCUUAUGUUGCUAACAGACUGAUGAAUUCCAACAUAGUUGUUGACAGCAUUAAUGUUGGCACCUCUGGCAACAGGAUUUUGAAGGCCAUCAGCCAUGCAACAGGUGGGUGUUGCUUUAAACCAACCACCAGUGCCGAGGCACUGAAGCUGUUUGAGAUGGAAACUCUGCUGUCAUUGGAGAGCAGGAAACUGAGGCCCAAACCAAGCCUUCCACUGAGGUGUAAGGAGGCCUUACUGGCUCUUUCAAAAUCUGCGGCCUACGAUAAAGAACCAACUGUCAACCUGCCUGAGAAGAUAAAGAACAAGGUGACGAUGACUAAAAAUGCUUUGAAAAAGAAGAUUCAGGAAUCAAGAAAUGGUCGCUUCUUGAAUAAAGACAAACGGAUUGUGGAGGAACUGAAAAACCUUCACUGUGACCCUCACCCUUACUGCUCUGUGUUUCCAUCAGAAACGGAUAUCUCCUUCUGGAAGAUGCUGCUUCAGGGGCCUCCUGACACCCCGUAUGAGGCUGGAGUGUUUGAGCUCUACUGCGAGUUUGGCCCAGAGUACCCCAUCAAACCCCCUCUGCUGAGAUUUGUCACCCCAGUGUAUCACUGCAAUGUGAAUAGCAUUGGGCGAAUCUGUCAUAACAUCUUUGAUCGCAACUACUCGGCCCACAUCACCAUGAGGGAAAUUGUCGACGCUGUCUAUGGCCUCCUCAUCACCCCAGAGCCUGACGACCCGCUAGACAGUGUGUUAGCCGAGCUGUACUUGUCUGAUCAUGCAAAAUACAACAAUGAGGCCAAGAAACAUACAAAACGGCAUGCAAGUAAAACUGUGGAUGACUCUGAGAAGGAAAUGGUUGGACCAGAGCUGAGCGCUGACAAAGUGCCACCGUCCAUUAUGUGUCCUCUUACCAAGAAAGUGUUUGUGGAGCCGAUCAUAACUAAAGAGGGCAUGGUCUACGAGCGUAAAGCCAUAGAAGAGCAUCUAAAAAAGAGCAACAAAGAUCCAAUUACCAACAAUCCACUUAAGAGAACGGACCUGAAGGUGGACAAGGACAUGAAAAAAAGAGUCACAGAAUAUCGCAAGCUACAAAUUUCAAUAUAAUGUGUUAAAAUACACUUUCAAUCAGGCCAUAUUAGAAAGAAGAGCUCAUUUGUAUGAAUGCUUCUUUGAUUUGAAUUUAAACUACAGUGUACACAUAUUUACAUGUCUGGCCUAACUGGUUGCUGUUUACAUGUCUGGCCUAACUGGUUGCUGUGGUUUUAAGUACUUGUUUGAAAUGUUUUUGCAAUCAGGAUGUAGCGUUUUUACUACCAGUUUGUCGUUUUUUUGCUAUCAGGAUGUAGUGUUUUUACUACCAGUUUGCAGUUUUAUGUGAUCAGGAUGUAGUGUUUUUACUACCAAUUUGCAGUGCUUUCACUGCCAGUUUGGAGUGUCUUGACAACCAAUUUGCAGUUUAUUCACUGCCUGUUGUAAUAUAUAGGCCUAUACUAAUUGCAUGUAUGCUUGAUAUCUGCAUUUGUCUCAUGCCUAUUUUGGGUGAUUAAAAUUGUCUGGUUGUAAUUUAGAACACAAUGUUCACUGUCAGUGAAAUUAUUAUUUUUUUAAAGUAUACUUCAUUAACUGUUACAAAUUAGUUAGUUAAAAUUGCCCACAAGUCUGGGACAAGACUGCCAUCCCGCCAAAGAUGGUCUGCACAGUUCCUGAGAGCCAGAGAGAAACAAAUGUUGAGGCACUAACAUGAUAAUCUUUAUGGGAUUUUAACAGAGUGUACUCACUUUUUGAGAGGUACAUUUUGAGACAUUUAUGGCUGUACUGUAUUUCAAAUUACUUUCAGUGAAUAAUAAAUUGAAGCAGCUAUAUAAGUUGUA